AGCGGCGGCGCGGCCUCUGCCUGCCCCGGAUCCUGCUUUUCCCAAGAGAAGAGGAUGGCUGCUGGGUACGUGUCCCCCGGGCCCCAGGAGUUAGUGACCUUCGAGGAUGUGGCCGUGGCCUUCUCCCGGGAGGAGUGGGCCUUGCUGGACCCUGCUCAGAAGAGGCUGUACAGAGAGGUGAUGCUGGAGACCUACAGGAACCUGGCCGCACUGGAACCCUUGAAGACCCGAAGUGCUGAUGCAGGCAUUGAGUUCGGUGCACUCUCCGCAACCCAAGCCUCUCAGGCCGCCGGUCCUUCCCCGUGGGUGGGGGGUUCACUCUUUCUACCAGUGGUGCCUUUCCAGCUGGAGCAAGGAAGAGCUGUGUGGUUGGGGGGGAAAGGAACUCCCCGAACCUCCUGUUCAGAUUUGGCUGCUAUACUGAAAAGCCAAGAGUCAUCUUGUAAGAAGGUGGUUUGGGGGGAAGAACCACCCCGUGGUAUGACUAUAGUAAAGCUUCCCAAAGGAGACUGGGGCUGUGGUCAACUUGAGGAGAAUCGUGAAGCCCUGCACGGGCUUUUGAGGCAGCUGGCGUACCACCAGGCGGAGGUGUUUGCUCAAAGGGAGACCACUGCCUGGCAUGAGUUUGGGGAAGCCUGUAGUUUGAGCUCAGACCUUGCUUUAUCUCAAGGAGGUUCUAUAGAAGAACAUUCCCACGACUGUGGUCUAGAUAUUGAGAGUUUGGUAGCUGAUCCAUUCUUAAACCAUCAUCAGAUGGCAUAUACAGAUCAGAGACCCUGUGAAGGGAACGAAUGUGGAAAAGACGUCAGCCACAAUAGUGCCUUCAGUCAGCGCAACAGAGCGGCCGAAAGCGGGGAACCAUUUCCUCACGGUAUGGCUCUCACAACACACAACACGGUGAAUACAGCGGGGAAACCCUACGAAUGUCACCACUGCGGGAAAGUGUUUAACCGGAGGCAUUCCCUGAGUGAACACCAGAGAAUCCACACAGGAGAGAGACCAUAUGAAUGCCAGGAAUGUGGGCGAGCCUUUACGCACAGCUCAACCCUCACACGACACUUGAGGACUCAUACUGGAGAGAAACCCUAUGCGUGCGGCGAAUGUGGGAAAGCCUUCAACAGGAUUUCGUCUCUCACCCAGCACCAGAGGAUUCACACAGGGGAAAAGCCCUACAAAUGCAAAGACUGCGGAAAGUCCUUCUGCCAGAGUUCUUACCUGGUCUUGCACAAGAGAACGCAUACGGGCGAGAAGCCCUAUGAAUGUAACGAGUGUGGAAAGGCCUUCAGUGAUCGUUCCUCGCUCAACCAACACGAGCGGACUCACACUGGUGAGAACCCCUAUGAAUGUAAUCAGUGUGGAAGAGCCUUCAGUCAGAGGUCUUCCCUCGUGAGGCACGAGAGGACUCACACCGGAGAGAAACCGUACGGCUGUAGCGAAUGUGGGAAAGCGUUCAGCCAGAGCUCGUCCCUUAUCACACAUCAGAAAACUCACACCAGUCAGAAAACCUAUAAAAUAAUUGAUUGUGGGAAAGCUUUCUAUCAGAGCAGCAACCUCAUUGGGUUUUAUUACUCGUCCACGGUCACCUCGCCUCCGGGCCUUGCGGCCCUGUCUUCUCGGUCCCGGCUCCGGGCAGAGGACGCUCCGCGGGGAAACCGAGUCAGGAGGUCAGGUCCUGCCACGCCGCGCCACCAGGAGGCUCAACUCCCGGCGCACAUCCGGAGCGAGCGGGUCAGCCACGUGUGUCGGGACGGCCUGUCGCUCAGGCGCGGGGGCGGGCGCGCUUGCGGCCGCGUGGACGUGGCUCCGGGCAGGUCCCGGGGGCUCCUGCGCACCUGCCCGCGCGGACCCAGGUGUCCUCCUCUCACCUGCCCGGCCCUCGGGCCCGGGGGGAAGACGUCUUCCCCGGAGAGCUCGGAGCCGAGCCCCGACAUGGACUCAGUGGUCUUUGAGGAUGUGGCUGUGGACUUUACCCUGGAGGAGUGGGCUUUGCUGGAUUCUGCUCAGAGGAAGCUCUACAGAGAUGUGAUGCUGGAAAACUUGAAAAACCUGGCCGCAGUGGAUGAUGAGACUCAAUUGAAGGCCAGUGGGUCUGUUUCUCAGCAGGAUGCUUAUGGGAAUAAAAUAUCCAAGGGAAACAAAUUGGCAAAGUUCACCAGAAAUGAAUCCUGGGCCUCUGUUUUAGGGAAAAUUUGGGAAGAACUCAGCACGGAAGAUCAGCCCACAAACCAGGGGAGACAUCUGAGAAAUCCUGUGGUGGAGAGACUCUCUGAAAGUAAUGGUCAGUGCAGGGAAGGCUCCAGUCAGAUUCCAAAUCUUAAUCUGUAUGAGAAAACUCUUUGCGGAGUUAAAGAGGAUGAAUGCAGUGAGUAUGAGAAAGUCUUCGGGCGUCACAUCGCCAUGCACGCUGGACACAAAGCGUAUCAGUGUCAGGAGUGUGGGCGGGCCUAUUCCUGUCGUGCACACCUAAGAAUGCAUGUGAGAACCCACAACAGAGAGAGAACCCACGCGUGUAAAUUAUGUGGAAAAACCUUUCCUCGUACCUCUUCCCUCAACCGGCACGUAAGGAUUCACACUGCUGAGAAAACCUAUGAGUGUCAGCAAUGUGGGAAAGCCUUCAUUGAUUUCUCAAGUCUUACUAGUCAUGUCAGAACUCACACUGGAGAGAAGCCAUAUAAGUGCAAGGAAUGUGGGAAAGCCUUCAGUUAUUCCUCAACUUUCCGGAGACACAUGAUAACGCACACUGGAGAGAAGCCCUACAAAUGUAAGGAAUGUGGGGAAGCCUUCAGCUACUCCUCAACUUUUCGGAGGCAUAUGAUCUCACACACUGGGGAGACACCACAUAAAUGUAAGGAAUGUGGAGAAGCCUUCAGCUACUCCUCAGCUUUUCGGAGGCACAUGAUCUCACACACUGGAGAGAAGCCCUAUGAAUGUAAACAGUGUGGGAAAACCUUUAUUUACCUGCAGUCCUUCCGGAGACACGAAAGGAUUCACACUGGAGAGAAACCCUAUGAAUGCAAACAGUGUGGGAAAACCUUCAUUUAUCCCCAGUCCUUUCGAAGACACGAAAGGACUCAUGGUGGACAGAAGCCCUAUGAGUGCAGCCAGUGUGGGAAAGCCUUCAGCCAUCCCUCGUCCUUUCGAGGGCAUAUGAGAGUGCACACUGGGGAGAAACCUUAUGAAUGCAGUCAGUGUGGCAAAACUUUCAACUGGCCCAUCUCCUUACGAAGACAUAUGAGGACACACACCAGAGAGAAACCCUACGAGUGCAAACAGUGUGGGAAAGCCUUCAAUUUGUCUGCUUGCUUUCGAGAACAUGUGUGGAUGCAUCCAGGAGACAAGUCCUAUCAAUGCAAGCUAUGCGGGAAAGCGUUCUAUUGCCACAUAUCCUUACAGAAACACAUGAGAAGGCACACCGCAGAGAAACUCUAUGAAUGCAAGCAGUGCGGGAAAGCUUUCAGUUGGCCUGAACUCCUGCAGCAGCACGUGAGAACACAUACCGCGGAGAAACCCUAUGAAUGUAAGGAAUGCGGGAAGGUCUUCAAAUGGCCGUCAUCCUUGCCGAUACAUAUGAGAGUGCACACUGGAGAGAAACCCUAUGAAUGUAAGGAGUGUGGGAAGGCCUUUAGUUGUUCCUCAUCCUUAAGAAGACAUGUAAGGAUACACACUACCGAGAGACACUACUUAUGCACUGUGGGAAAUUCUGCAGAUGAAUUCAUGCCCCAUGCUUCAGAAAAUCCACACCAGGAGAGAAAUCUGAUAAAAGUUGUAAAUAUGGUACUGCCUUUGUGAGAACCCCAUCAAAGCGGACCCAUGGGGUGUGCAUUUCCAGUUCUUUUACAGAUAAAAACUUGGGUGCAGAAUAGCUCUCCAAGUACUCUUAGCUUUCAUACGAAAGUUUGCAAAUACUAUGUUUUCCCCUACAUUUCAGUAAAUAAACCUAUCUUUACAGUU